AAUUAGAUGACUAACAUUAAAAACAAAUUAAGGAAAAUAGUUAAUGGAAUGAGUCUAAGAUGAUCUUUCAUUUCCUUUAUAAUUGAUCAUCUUUUUCUUUCAUUAGAUUUCAAAAUCUUCCUACCUACUGAAAAACAAAUUUUGGAAAAUAGAGAUGGCUGAUAUUCUUCUUACAGCAGUCAUCAAUAAAUUUGUAGAAAUAGGUGGGAAUCUACUCUUUCAAGGAGGAGGGGAUUUAUAUUGGUUUAAAGAUGACAUUGAUUGGCUCCAGAGAGAAAUGAGACAUAUUCGAGCAUACAUAGACGAUGCAAAGGACAAGGCAACUGGAGGUGAUUUAAGGGUGAAAAACUUG